CCUGCCUUAUUUUCCUCUGAGAACUGCUUGUUUAUUCAGUUGUGGAAAAGAUAAAUGUUUCUGAGUUUGUUACUUUAUUACUUCAUUAAUGUUGUAAAAAUGCAAUUCAUGAUUUCAAAGUUUUCAAAAGCAAGGUUACAGAUGCAGCUGAACGACUACAUGGGUGAAGUGUAGCUGUAGAGGAACAAGUUAACUGACUGAAACAGACUUUUUACCUCAGAAGUGAUCAGCAUUUUGGUCGGUAUCGGAUAUGAUUAUUACUCAAUACUGCCAUGCCUACGUUUUCAACCUGACUGAGAGAUACACUAUUUAAAAUAAUAAAAGUAACAGGUUUUUUUUUUAGGGACCAAACACAUUCAUAAAUAAAAUACAAAAUACAAUGUCAAAGGUAAUAAUUAAAAAAAAACAAUUAAGUGAAACGCUAAAAUGUCCCAGCAGUGUACUUUCCCAUCACAGCUCUGUGGAAAUGGGUCACACACAAACAAACACGCGCGCGCACACACACACACACACCCUUGUCUUGUUCUCCCGUGUGCUCGCGCAUGAAACUGAGCCUUCGCAGCAGGCCCCGCCCUCUCGGAGAGCCUCCUCCACCAAUGGGGUCGCUCCUGAGGCGGGACGAGGACGACUAUCCGAUGCGCUGGCAACAGGUUGCACUGGUCGCGGAAGGGGGAGUGAGAAAUGUUCCCGGUGUCCUCAGUUCAUUGAGUUACAUCUUCCUCAUCCCACCAACACUGUGCAGAGCCGCUGCUGCUACUGCCGCUGCAGACACGGGACGGAGCUGACCGAGGAGGGAGGAACACAACAGUCCUGGACUCAUCCUCACAGGCUGCAUGCACAGAAACCAGGAAGUCAACAUGAGCACUCUCUCCACUGACCGGAAGCCUCUCGUGGAUUACGGCGUUCAGAUCCGCUUCAUCAAGGACCUCCAUGACACGGGCGGAGGUUAUCCCGACAAAACCAAAGCAAACAACAAUGCUACUCCUCCGACCAAUAAGUACGGGGUGGCCGUGCGGGUUCAGGGGAUCUCUGGGCAGCCGUAUGUGGUCCUGAAAGAUGGCGAGAAGGGUGAUUCUUAUGGAGUCCAGCUAAACACUCCCACCCCCAGCUCAGGGCCACCUUCACCUUGCAACAGCCUCCCAAAACUCAAUAACGAACCAGCAGAAAUCACAAACCCCUACAAUGCUGCUGCAAGUACAGCACACUCUCCUGUUUCUGCAGCAGAGGAUGAGGAUGGGGAGAUUUUUGGGAGCCCCCUGAAAAGACCCCCGGGGGACGGUCAAGCUGGAACACAGGGAGAGGAGGAGGGUGGAGACAGAAAGGCAGAGAGGCCAAAGGCUGAACCCCAACCCAAAGCCAGCAAAGCAGGGAAAAACAAAGACUGGAGUAGUAAUGAGGGGUAUAAUGAAGCGGGGCUGAAACCUGUCAAAGUAAACGGUGUGGUACCGCGAGGGGCCAAGCCACCUGGCCCUGGUUUCACCGCAUCUUUGGGGAGAUACAGAGGGAAAACUCAGAGUAAAGACACCCCUUCAGAGUCAAAACCUCCAGCAUCAACUGAUGGCGAGCCCAUCCCAGCGAUCGACACCAACUCCCUGGCUCCCAUCAACAAGCUCAUCAGUAAGUUCAACAACAGCACGCCGGGCAGCGCUCCGCAGGCGAGGGGCCGCUCCGGAGCGAGGCAGCGCCUCAGGUUCGACGAGCGCAGGAGGUCUAGAAGUCUUGAUGCCAGAAAAGAUGUUCAGCCCGAGGUUUCGCCUCCCUCUCCCAGCUCGCCGACUCUAAAUCCCUACGCUAUGCCUCUGUCUGCCUCCUCCAAUCAGUUGACGUCAUCUGCCCCAGCGAGUGGCAGCUUGGGAAGGAGCCCUGCAUCAGUUUCCAAGGUGACAGCGCUUGAGGCCCCCAAGCCGAGCUUUAAGUCACCAGGGAAGUUUGUUACCAAGGACACCAGUCCAGCUGUGGCAAAAAAGCCUGAGAUCCUGCCGAGGAGUCAAAGCCCGGGCGUCACCAAUGGGGAGGAAGCUCAAGUUAAACAAGCCAUUUUCAACAUCCUUAAAGAUGGCACCAGUGAGAGUGAAGGAUCCCUCAAGAGAAAGGUCAACCUCGUCUACGAGACAACGAGCAAGAGGGGAGGAUCUGAUGGGGUCUUCAAGAAGGGGAACGUCGAGGAGCUUCGGGAGCAACUCAACCGCUGCAAGAAAGACCUGCAGCAGGCCCAUGAUGAACUGGCGGAGGAGCGUAUGUCCAGAGAGCUGUCGGAGUCUCGUCUGCGCCUGCAUGAAGAUCAGCUGGCUGAGCUUCAGGAGGAGCUGAGGAGAGUUUCAGAGAACUCACCUCACUCAGACUCAUUGCAGACGGAUGUGAUGAGUCUGCAGGCCGACCUGGCCGAGGCCGCCAUGCUCCGACAGCGCCAGGAGGAGAUCCUGCACCAGCGGGAGCGGGAGCUGACGGCCUUGAAGGGGGCGCUGAAGGAGGAGGUGGAGUGCCAUGACAGGGAGAUGGAGGCCCUGAGGGAGCAGUACAGCCAGGACAUGGAGAACCUGAGGCAGACCAUGGAGCAGGUCACACAGUCCCAGGACCAGAUAGAGGAGGAGAGGGAGAGGGUGAACGCCUCCAUCCUGACCCUGGGAGAAGAGCUGGAGAGCUGCAGGGAUCAGGGGGAGCAGUGGAAGGCGCAGCUGGACGCCACAGCGCAGGAGCUGCGCGACACCACGCAGGAGAGCGGGAAGCACGACAGCGGCCGAAUGUUGCUCAAAACGCGUUUGGAAAAGGAAGACUUUGAAGGCAAGCUGAAGGACGCUCAGGAUUCGCUGCUCGUCAUGAAGAAACAAACGCCUGCGCCUGACGGUGACCAUUCUUCGGCAGAGGAGCUUCGGCGUUGCCAUGAUGAUCUGAGGCGCGCUCGCACCGAUCUGGACAAACAAAAGGGCGAGUUAGAUGAGAAGAAGGAGGCACUUCAAGCCCUGAGGAAAGCGAGCGGGGAGAAAGAGGCCGAGCUUCUGUCCGAGAUCAGCAGGUUGAAGGAGCAGCGGCAGAAAGACAAGGCUGAGCUGGAGAAGGCGCUCGACAAGGCAAAGGAGGCUUCGGGAAAGACUGUUGUGGACGGCACCAGCCUGGAGCUGCAGGAGGCAAACGCUCGCCUCAGAGAGAGGCUGGCCCGCAUGACGAGGCUUCACUCCAGCACGCACCGGAGCUCGGAGGCUGAGGAGGCGGUGGAGGCUCUGGAGGAUGAGAACCGCUCCCUGAAGUCUCAGCUGGAGGAGGCAAAGAGAGGAGCCACCCGCCUGACCAAAGAGAGGGACGAGCUGACCCGGCGGCUGGAGGAGAGAGACCUGGAGAGGGAGGUGCUGAGGAGGGGCAAGAGUGACCUGGAGGAGCAGAAGAGGCUGCUGGACAGAGCCCUGGAGAAGAUUAACAAAGAGAUGGAGGUGAUGAUGGGAGAUUCCCGACAGUCGGUGGCCGCCCUGCAAACGCAGCUGGAAGACUACAGGGAGCGCUCGAGGAAGGACCUGCAGGAGGCCCAGCGCAACAGCAAGGACAGGCUGGCCGAGCUGCAGAGGGCCCAGAGCAACCUCAAGGCCCAGCAGGAAGAGGUUUCCCGUCUGAAGAAGGAGCUGCUGGCGUGCAGCGAGGAGAGGGACAGCGCCCAGCUGGAGAGAGACCUCCUCAACAACCGUUUCAAACACUUGGAGAGCGAACUGGAAGCGGAGAAGAGCACCCACACAGACCGCACCAGGGAGAUCAGGGGCCUGGAGGAUAAAAUAAAGACACUGGAGAUCGAGCUGGACGAGGAGAGGAGCAGCGCGGAGCUCCUGAACGACCGUGUCACACGUAGCCGAGAUCAGGUGGACCAGCUUCGGUCGGAGCUGAUGCAGGAGCGUUCGGCCAGACACGACCUGGAAAUGGACAAGAGCGCCCUGGAGAGACAGAUGAAGGAGCUGAAGUCUCGUAUGGCGGACAUGGAGGGACAGACUCGCCCCACGGCGGGAAUCAGCCUGCUGGAAAGCAAAAUUCAAGAGCUGGAGGAGAGACUGCGCAGCGAAGAAAGAGAGAAGAGCAGCAUCCAGGCUUCGCAGCGACGAAUGGAGAGAAAACUGAAGGAGCUGAACGCCACGUUAGACCAGGAGAGAAGCCAGCACAUCGAGCAGAGAGAUCAGCUGUCCCUGCGUGUGAAGGCCUUGAAGCGACAGGUGGACGAGAGCGAGGGGGAGGUGGAGCGCUUGGAGGGGGUCCGCAGGAAGGUUCUCAGGGACCUGGAGGAGCAACAGGAGCUCCAGGAGGCGCUGCACGCCAAAGUGACAGCCCUGGAGACCGAACUGAAGAGGAAGUCGCAGCAGACGCAUCGCGCAGCUCUGGGCUCCUCCGCCCUGAGCUCCGAGGAUGAGGACGGCUUCUAUGACACCAACAACAUCACCUCCAUCCUGAGCGAGGGCCACCUGCAGACCACCAACUGCUGAGGGAAGACGGGGGCGUGAACGAAGAGGCCUAAAAAAAGAUUUGCAAGUCAGAGAAAAGGUACUCAGGGCAUCAAGGACUCUGAAGAACUCGGUUGCCAUGCACUACAGAUUUGCCUUGCAGUUGCUCCUGGUUUUUAUUUUUAGCGCAGCAGUCCAACAGAGACGGGGCGUCGGGAUAAAUCAGAUUGCAUUUUUCGGAGCCUUCAGCCGCGAUUGCUUCAGUAUUGUCGUGUUUUUUUCUGGCUUGAGACCCUCCGUCUCUUUAUGCUGAAGAGAAAUUGACACGAGGUUCCUCGUGUACUCCAGCUCGAAUCUUGUUUUCAGAGAAGAUCUCUGCCGUCUCUUCUUUGUGUCGACUAUAGUUACUGUACACUACUGUGGUAGCACAUUACUGUGGCAUGAUUUCAGAUCAGAGGUCAUACAGUAGACUUGAAAAUUGCUUUUAAACCAAAAGAUAACAAUCGUAUUUUUGGGUCACAGCUUUAUUUAAGAGUACACUGAUAAGUGUUUAUAAUAUAUGUUAACCAUUAGACAAAACACAGAGCUCAGAGGACGUUGUUUUAGUUUUACUUGAGUACAGGGUCCAAAUAAAACUACAAAAUAAAAAGUCGAAAAAAUAAAAUAAAAGUCCAUCUUUACCUCCUCCCUGUUUCACCUUUUGAAACUUUCCUAGAGGUUUAAAGUGUUUUUUCUUCUUCUUCUUCUUCUUCCUGAUUUGACCAAAAGUACAUCUUAUUACGUGUUAUUAGUGUACUCUGAAAUGAAGUGCGCCCAGUUUUUUUCCUUCUCGUUUCAGUCUUAUAUCUGUGUUUCCUUAUGCAUGACAAGUUACUUCUGUCAGUGUUGAUAUUAGCUGCAAAUGUUUAUCCGCGUAUUGAAAGUGAUGUGUUGUUGUUUCGUUUUUUGUUGUGUUUUUUUUACCUUUUUGAAUGUGAUGAUGAUGGGCCAUCGAAACUGAGCCUACAUUUUAUACGCUGUAUUAGCUGUGCAUUCUCAAGACAAUCAAAUACACGCAACCCAGCCGGCGGAAUGAAUGUUGGGCAAAGCAGGUUUCCGAAAAAUAGACAAGUUCAAACUUUAUGUUUCUUUAUGCUGCAGCCAUCUUUAGUGUCAAGUUUCAAUUGUUCCUCUUUGCAACGUUGUUGUGGUUUUGUUCUUGUUUAGUUUAGACCACUUGGUUAGGGUUCGGAAAACAUCUCAUUUUGAAAAAAAAAAAUGUCAUCACCACAAACGCUUCUGGAAAUCCUCCCGUGUGGUCUCCUUAGAAAUAUCUAGCUGUGGCACGUACCGCCUCCAGAUAAAUAAAACAAGUACAAGUUUGGAAGCAUCUUCGGUGUACGGAAACUUUAACUGCCAACAAUUUCAUUCUGGUGCCUGGGCUGGUGUACGUACAGUAGCACUGUGUCCUCAGAGAUUAAUCCUCUCCGUAUAACAUUUUUUCUACUUUGACCACCGUAUUUCUGAUGUGGUUUAAUAUAUUGCUAAGCUUGAUCCGUGUGCAUGUUUUCACUCAGAUGCCUUAAAAAUCCGCUUCAUGUCUUUGUUUUUGUUUUUUUUAACUCGUUGUCUCUGCAUGUGUUUUGUUCAUACGCUGCUGCUGUAAUGAUUUCAGAAGUGUUUCAUAUGCUUGCCUGUGCACGCACCUACCGGAAAAUUCCUAUGAAGAGAAUCAUUAGCUCUGGAAGCAUUCCACAUUAUUUCUCACCUGGCCUUUAAUGUCAUGAAUGUUGAUUAUAAUCUCCUUAUGACAUCGUGACGGUGAUAUUACGAUUGUAAACGCGUCACUUUUGAAAAUUUCUAUUUGGGAAAUUACAAGUAAGGAUGCUAUUAAAUGUAGGAGGUUUAUCAAGCUGCUGGUGAUAUUUGAAAAGCGGUGCAGCACUUUGUACAUUUUCCCCAAAUUUUUGAUGGAAAAUUUAAGUAGAUUUUGGACCGUGUGUACAAUAAAAAGAGAUAUUAUAUUUA